AUAGAGUAAUCAGGGUACCAGUUAAUUACCUGGCACCUGAAGGUCAGGGUUUCCAGGGAUAACUAAAGGACUGAGCUGAGUGAAUUAUCAGACGGGUCAGGAGCUUUCUAUUUUGGAAUAGAUUACCUAUUAGUCCACAGGUAAUACUUUAUUUUAAUGUGCUUGACCUUUUGUUUGAUCAUUCUAUCAAUUCAUUUGAUUUUCCCCUCAAUUAUAUAACCUCAAAAACUAAAAUUUGAAUUCCAGCUCUGCUUUGUAAAGCCUUAAAUCACUCGAUUCAAAACUAUUAUACACUAUACAGACUUUAGGCCUUAGCUUACCUUUGGCAUUUUAUACCUUAAUGUAAACUUAAAUCAUAUAAUUAAAUAAUAAUACAUUUUAAUUUGUGAAAAUUGAAUGAAAUCAGAGAUCCUUGAAACCCUUUUAUGUCAUUUUUCCCCACAACUUUCACACACAGUAUUGUUUUUCUUCUAGUUUAGUAUAGGUACAAGCAGCAGCACAAUCCUCCCAUAAUCUGUCUGUGAACUAAUUGAAUUUGACAAGUGUUCAUUUCUAAUCCUUUAUCAUGUGAUCCAUAGCAGUCUGUGUCUCAUCCUCACUUUCAGUAGGGAUUUGCCACAAUUGAGAGCCUAAUAACAAUUCAGCUUCUAUGGACUUUCAUGCCAUAUUGGUCAGUUUGGUUUUUGCUGAUUUGCACAAACUUAGCCUGCAGCCACUGGCUCUGUAACUGAGCACUUUUUUCAUUUUGUAAUGUAGGUGGAAGCUUAAAAAAUGUAACCAGGUCAAACCAGGUUCGUGUAAUGUAAUAGAUAAUAUUCGUGAUUUUCGGCGAGAAUAAAAAUAUUACCAACAUGGGUCAACGCCUGAGUGAAGAGAGUGACCAAGACAAGGAAAUCGAUGUGGCGGAGCUGCAGGAAUGGUACAAAAAGUUUGUUGUGGAAUGCCCAAGUGGAACGCUGUUCAUGCACGAGUUCAAGAGUUUCUUUGGCGUUACUCAUAACAAGGAAGCUGCAGAUUACAUUGAAAACAUGUUUCGAGCAUUUGACAAAAACGGAGACAACACCAUUGAUUUCUUGGAGUAUGUGGCAGCUUUGAACUUAGUCCUUCGGGGAAAACUGGAGCAUAAACUUAAAUGGACAUUCAAAAUGUAUGACAAAGAUGGAAGCGGGUGCAUCGACAAAACAGAGCUUCUAGAAAUUGUGGAGUCUAUUUAUCGGCUGAAGAAAGCCUGCCAUGGAGAGCUGGAUGAAGAAUGUAAUCUGCUGACCCCAGACCAAGUGGUUGACCGGAUAUUUGAGCUGGUUGAUGAAAAUGGGGAUGGGGAGCUCUCACUGGAUGAGUUCAUCGAUGGAGCACGGAGGGACAAGUGGGUGAUGAAGAUGCUGCAGAUGGAUGUGAACCCCGGAGACUGGCUCAAUGAGCGACGCCGUAGUGCGGACUUCUAGGGGGAAGCAGAGACUGUCAGUCUGUCAUGCACAAUCCUGAUGUGUAACUAUUCAUAUUGUGAUUUUGUGUAUAUUGCAGUUUAUAUGUAUAUAAAAUAAAACACUGAUACUGUCUGACUGCUCAUGUGCUAUAUGCUGUUGUAUCAUAUUUAGAUACAUGUCCACAUCAGUGCUGAGAUUUUCACAAGCUUUCAUUUAUUGCUGCGUAUGAUGAUGUAGGUUUUGUUUGUCUGCCCUUGCUUUAUUUUCUUAUAUGUAAUAAUAUGAGCAAAAAAAGAGUCCUCCAAUAAACAUACUAAUAAAUCACAA